AUGAAAGCAAAGUGUAGAAAUGGGGAGAAAGUUGCCGUAGAUGUGAUGGCAGUUAGCAUGGUCGGCGACGACGACGGCGCAUGUCUAGAGCGAAAGGGAGGCGUAUGCUCGUCUCUGCUAUGCCCUGAUGGCACACAUGACAAGCCUACGAUUACGGAUUUGAUACUCAAUGCAGCAACGGCAGCAGCAGCAGCAUCCGUAAAAUCGCUGGAGCGAAUCAUUGACGCCGAUCAUGUGCAAGCAGCAUCGUUUAAAUGA